AUAAACGCCUGGUGUAAUAUGUGCAGAAAUUGGUUGAAUGUCUUGGUUGUUUUCCUUUUAACAACGUCUCAUGCCUUUAGUUUUUAUCGAAGAUACAUCGCCGAAUUCAAAUUUAAGGACAAGAAGUCAAAUAGCGAACUAAUAGGGGAGUAUAAAAAUAAAUCAUUUCCUGAAUGUUCUAGGAUGUGUCAAAGCGAUUGUGGAUUUUUUGGAUACAAUGAAGAAUUGAGUAAAUGUCGUACUCAUCGGAGAAUCUUCACGUCACAUAUAUUUGACGACAAGGGAUGGAGAUACUAUUCUGACAAUUUGGAAAACCUUGCACUUGGAAAGAAUAUCUCCUUUAGUUCGACCGCUCCAUUUUCUCCAUUCUCUUCUAUUGAUCCGAAGUGCGUUGUGGAUGGUGUUAUCGGUUUUAAUAAUUACCACGUAUUUCACUCUAACUACGAACUUCACCCAUGGUUGACGAUUGCUCUUGGAAAAAUUUCUAUUGUGAAUAACGUUGUUCUUUACAAUAGAAAUGACGGAUAUGGUCGUUGGCUGCACAGCGUUGAGAUAAGGGUCGGAGUGUCUUCUGUUUGGUCCGAGAUGGAAACCUGUGGCACGUUCGACGGACCAAGUCAGACAGGACUAAUCCACACAAUACAGUGUGAGAAAGAGCCAGCCUUGUACGGAUCUUACGUCACAGUUAGGAUAGUCCGUCCUAAUUACAUAACAGAUGACGUGAAUGCACAUGAUGGCAAAAAUGCCUUGGUUUUGAGAGAAGUUGUGGUAAAUGGAUAUAAUGUUUAAGGAUGUACAACACACAUACACCAAAAAAUUCCUGUCGUUUAAUUUUCGUUAUUUUUGAAUA